AUGACUGUGUUCGUCUGUGCAGGAAAUGGCUUCAUCAGCAUGGUCAUCAAAGAAGCCGUUUGGAAGGUCCCCUCUGGACCGUGUGCCGCACACUCAGAUCGAGACAGGCAUAUCUCUGCAGAGAACAAGAUGAAACAUCACCGAGCCGGCCCAAGGUCAGGCAGCUGGCCAGGGAAGGGGCCCGACCCGGACUCGCGCACGGCGGCCCACAGCCUGCGCCCUCCUCGCCGGGGAAGGGGCCUCGGAAAGUGGGCGCUGGCGGAGGGGGGAAACCUCCCCGGGCCCCCCCACCCGCCCGGAGCACCCCGUGCGCCCCGUGCAGCCCGCACACUCCUAGGGGGGAACGUGGGCCGGCAGAGCCCCGGGCGCGGCCGCCACCCCGCCCGGAGCGGCGCGGCCGCAGAAAGGGUCCUCGGCGGCGAGGAGCCGCGGGUGAGGGGGGCGCGCACACGGACGAAACCGCACCGUGGCGCACGCGCACACGGGGCGCACGCUCGCCCGCCGCCCAGUAUGAGACGGAAGGCAUGGAAAGUUCCAGCUGGUUCGAGAACCCUAGGUAGCAGGCGCGGAGGCGGCGGCGGCAGGGUCGGAGGGGGCGGGCGGCCCCCGCUGGCCAAUGCCGGCGGAGCCCGAGAGCCGCCCCCUCGCACCGGCGGCCGGGCAGGGGGUCCCGGCCGGGGCGGUGCGCCGCGGGGAGCGGGGCUGUCGAGGGGGCGCGGCGCGGCCGCCUUAAGGAGGGGGCGGGGCGUGGCGCGCGGGGGGCGUGGCCUGCCGGGGGCGUGGCGGAGCGUCUGCGCAGCUGCCAGAGCCUUUAAGCCCGGGCUCGCGCGGCUGCAGCGUGCUUUCGCUGCCCGGGAGUCUUCCGGCCCAGCAGUCCGUGAGGUCCCGCGGUCCCCGCCCCUCCGGUGUCCCAGGAGCCCGCUCGGUCCGGAGCCGCGUGCGGUGCGUUCGGGCAUGCCCCGCUACGAGCUGGCUUUGAUCCUAAAAGCCAUGCAGCGGCCAGAGACUGCUGCUGCUUUGAAACGCACGAUAGAAGCCCUGUUGGACAGAGGGGCGAUAGUGAGGGACCUGGAGAACCUGGGGGAGCGAGCACUUCCUUACCGGAUCUCGGCCCACAGCCGGCAGCACAGUCGAGGAGGGUAUUUCUUGGUGGAUUUUUAUGCACCACCAACAGCUGUUGAAAGCAUAAUGGAGUACUUGUCUCGAGACAUUGAUGUGAUUAGACCGAAUGUUGUAAAACACCCUCUGACCCAGGAAGUAAAAGAGUGUGGAGGGAUUGUCCCGGUCCCACUUGAAGAGAAACUCUAUUCCAUGAAGAAGAGGAAGUGAGAAGAUUCACCAGAUUUUAGCCUUAUGUUUAAGUCUCUCACUUUUGAGCAUCGUGGAUUAAUAAUUUACAAGCUUGACCUUUAUACAAGAGUGUGUUCCAGGUGCCAUUUGAUUUUUAAAAGGUAUUUUUUGGCUCUUGAUUCCCUUUGCUCUGAGAGGUGUGGGAAUGGCUUGCUUAGAGCCACUUUGUCAUCUGUGGUCCCAGUACACUGGUUUUGAUUUUGUUUCAUUAGUGUGAUUUCUUUGUCAGUGAGGACUUUGUGCCCUGCAACGACACCAAUAUCAUCUUGAACAGCAAAACUCAGGAAAACUGCCUUGGAUCGCGAGCCAGUCGUUCAGGCUGUAUAACCAUGCAAAAUAAAAUUUUAAGGCCGCUGCAUUAUGUGAGUAACUUCUUACCAGAGUAAAACAUGAUUUUAAAAAACUGCAGGAAGUGUUUUGUGUCUUCCCCUACCCGGCACAGUGCACUACCCCAGGCCUCGCAGCGCCCAUCUGCCCAGAAGGCUGGCCGUGUGUGGGAAGGGUGACCCGCUUUCCAGCCCGAUUGCAGAGACGGGGAGAAGCAGGGGUUAGGGCCGAGUGGGGGGGUGUCUGUCUCUUGACUAAUGGGCAUUGUGUAUUCUAUAAAAUCAGGAACUUUGUAUCUCACAGUUAACUUGUUGUGGUGGGUGCUGCUUUUUGUGGAGAGACACGUCUACAUGAGGUCUCACACUGCUCCCUCUCGUUCCUUUGCCAUGAGCACCUGCCUCCUCCGCUGUCCCUCGGCCCUGGCACGCCCCUUUUGGGAGGUAGCCGCCUCUGAGUUCUGCUCCUCCUCCCUUCUGCCCACUCCUCUGAUGAGUUGAAAGCCAAGUGCUUUUGAGUUGGGGAGGCCCAAAGAGUAGCUGGCACAGAGCCUGUGGCUGGUGACAUACUGAGCUCUUAAUUUAGGGGGACUUGUAUGAAGAUACAGCUCUCCUUUUUUUGUUUUUUAUUUGAUACUCAUAAAAAUCUGUUUUUUAAAAAGAUGUCCUGGAAAUAAAAAGACAAGUUUUAUUUCGAGGAUUUUUUUUGCAGGGGAGAGGUUGGGUUCGGCAUGUUGUUAUAUGGUCGUGCUCCGCAUAAUGACAUCUCAGUCAACGACGGGCUGCAAAUACAGGGUGGUCCCAUAAGUUUAGUACCAUGUAGCCUAGCUGUGUGGUAGGCUCUCCCAUCUAGGUUUGUCUAAGUACACUCUUGAUGUUCACACAACGAUGAAAUCACCUAACAACACAUUUCUCAGAACGGAUCCCUGUCAUUAAGCGACGCAUGACUGUUCUUUGAGACUAAGAACCAACUAGUCUUUGCUUGAAAUGCUUAUAAUUAGGGUUACCAAAUUUAGCAAAUAAAAAUGCAGGAUAGUCAGUUAAAUUUGAAUUUCAGAUAAAUAAUGUCAUUCUUUCGCAUAAGUAUGCUCCAAAUACUGCCUAGAACAUACUUAUAGCAACAACUGAUGCGUUGUUUAUUUGAAAUGCAAAUUUACCUGGGUGUCCUGUAUUUUCUGUGGUAACCUUAGUUUAACUCACGUAAAGGAAUGAGCACUGUCUAGGCAGAGACGGUCUGCUCUGCCCGGCACAGCUCUUAAGAAGGAAAUGAAGCCAGCAUCCAGCAUCCUGGCUUUGCAACUGGCUCUAUCAGCAGUGAGGUGAGUUUGAAGAGGAUCAGGAGUUACAGAAGAGAACACAGCUGGCGGGCUCUAAUUUGCCUCCAACUCUUAACUCCCUCAACCCACCAGAAAACCCACUGAGAAACUAACUGAAAUUUCAUUCCUGGUCAGUUCCAGAUAAUCUGUUUCGUAAGCCUGAAUUUACGCCACAGUCUUAGAAUCAGUAAGUGCUACCUGCCUUUUAAAAAACUUCUUUAAAAAGUUCCACACGUGGUCUCCACCACAGGCCUGGGAAGCCGAGGACCCGGGGUCCCUGGGAGCGGGGUGGCUUCUGUGGUGGGUGAUGGUGAGGCUUUCUUCUGGAACAGUCUCUGGCGUCUCCUCAGAGCCGGUGAGUUAGAAGAAACUGAUGAGCCUUUCCGACUUUUCUCUUGUUCUCUCAGCAACCCAGCUGACAAAGCUAUGCAUAAAAUGUUGGAGGAAGUGCCAGAGACGAGGUGGACUCUCUGGUUAUGUUAAUUUGUACAAUCAGAUCCUGUUAAAGCAGGAGGGGGCCCAGAGAUCUGGCCUCUGCCUCCCUUUGAACCACAGUGGGACUGAAGCACAGAGAGAUGUGCAAGAGAGAUGCCCCAGGAGCCAGGAGGAGCCUGGCUCCUAACCAGAUUCAUCACUUAAGAGCUCAGACAGCAUCCAGCUUCAACUUCCUCCAAGGGCAAAAAGCUAUAAAAAGUCUUUUGAAGAGCAAUGGUUCAGUAAAGAGGGCUAUUAAGAACGAUAGACUGGAAAUAAAAGGGAUGAAAUGAAGAUUAUCUGGGAAAAUAUGCCACUUCCUGUUCCAUUAGGUAUUUCCUGAAAGCGCGGGCUGUCAGCCAGGGCUCAAGAGCACCAACUCCUCUACCACACGGUUUGCACCUCGAUGUGCGUUCACUCAGGUGCUGUUGGAGGUAACUUUCCAUAGCAACCUUUAAGGUUACUGCGUGCACACUGCAUGCCAUGUGCUAUAUGUGCUGUGCUGCACACGUGUUCUCUCUGACCUCGGUCCUUCCAGCAGUCCUUUGAGGGAGUGUUGUCACGCCUGUGUUUGGGAUGAGGAAACAGGCGCAAAAUGAUUUGACCUUGACCCCACAGCUACCAACUGAGAGCUGGGUUCCUGAUCUGGGGACGCUGUCACCACGUGGUCUUUUCCAUCCAACAACAUCGAGGAUGUCUUUGUCCUCUCAGGUUAAACAAGGCCCUUGCUUGUCUGGGGUGAAUUGUUGCCACUCAGGUAGUAGCAGUUGUCCUUAUGGCCUGAGUGUGGUGCUGGCACUUUCUUUUCCUGCAUUUGCUAGUCCCUGGGAGGACGAUUGACGCCAUUGGGCAUUCCAGGUCACACAAGUGUUCAGAAUCCUGUGGCACAGUUUAGAGAGUGUUAGCAAGGAGGCUGGCUAAGUAGGACAGCUGUGCUGUGUGCCAGUUCCUCUCCUUGGAAGUUCCAAAAUGAAGCCACUGUCCCUUCCCCCUGAGCCACUGAUUCAUAGCUGGACCCUCAGACGCUAAAGGGCCGUUGCCCCUUUGCAGGCUGUUAGAGUGUGCGGUGCCUGAGCGGGGCAUGUAUGCAGGUCAUUUCCAGGCUGCAUAUUUACUGGCAGAGCCGAGAGUAUGGGGUCCUCCUGCCCGGGCUGGUGGUCAGGGGAGCAGUUUGGUGGUCUACUCCUUCAGUGAGCGAAGAGUCCCUGUCCUGGUGGGCUGACAGCUGGGGAGGCAGGAAAGUGUGGUGGAGCUAAAUGGGGGCCUGCUGCCAAGGGAAGGGCAGGGACGUGGUCGGGCUGAGAGCCGGAGGAUGAGGAGCCCGUCCUGUGAUGUGAGGAGGACACAGUGCAUGCAGAGGCCCUGAGCCCCCGAGCUGGAGGACGGAGAACAGAGGGCAAGAGAGGAGACAUGGCAAGGAAUCGAGGGGUCAGAUCUGGGAGACAAGACCCCCGAGGAAUACGCAUGCAAGGGUGGGAGUCUGCUGAAGUGAGGUGAGCCGCAGAAGCACAAGAGGCGGGUCUCAAGGCGAAGCAGCUACCCCAGAGUGCUCCCUCUGGGCUCACGUCCCCACAAAAAGGCUUCUUCCUCGGAUUUGUCACCUUGACUAUUUGUGGUCCACUUUGGACAGGAUCGAGCUUCCAGAAGUACUUCGUUUUUGCCUGAGGUGUGGGCUCAGGGAGGUGGAGAGAGAGACGGAGGCUGUGCACCCAAGAAGCUAGUCUCAGAUGCGCCUCGAAAGCUGCUUCCUGGAGACACUUGAAGUGGAGGCAUUCAGCAAGCGUCUGCCUCGGAGACGAUUAGUGCUGUACCAUGAGUGUCAACAAGGAAGGACCGUUAAGCCCAGAUGAGCCUUUUAGAUUUUUGCCGGAAGACCAGGUUCCUGUUGAUGGAGAUGAAAUAUUUGAUGAAAGGGUUACAGGAGUGUUGAAAGCAUGAGUUGCGUUUCCAUACUUCUAGUUGAUCUGGACCAGCAGUUGUCUACCUCAACCCACCUGAGGUACACAACCCAACACACCUGAGGAUGCUUUUAGCAAGAGCUCAAAUGGAUCAUCUUCCUUUACCCUCCUCAGAAUUCCACAAGGCAGGAAUUACACCCAUUGUACAGAUGAGGCACCUGGAGCUCAGAGAAAAUAAGUGACUCGUCCAAGGCUACAAAGGGAGGAGUUGGGAGUGUUGAUUCAAAAGUCUCCCUGUGAUCCACUGCGCCCUCUGGAGGCGGAUCCCUCCCAGCAGCCCAGGCCGUGCUCUGAGGGGCCUGCUCUGAGCCACCUACGCCCCUGUGCCCUCCCUACCUCACACCCAGCCCGGGGCCCCAGGCUUCAGCACUGGAGGAGGGGAAGAGAGGAUCUGGGGCUCCUUGGGAGUCUUUUUAAUUUCAGGUCUUCUCCUGAGAACAACAGAAAAAACCGUGAGUGCACCCUGGAGACCAGGCCUGCUUUUUGCAUGUUUUUCCCUGCUGUGUAAUUUCCCACAGAGCUUUUUUUCUCUCCACACUACUCCAGGGAUGUAUUUAUAGAGCGCACACAUGGCAGGUCCUGCCCUGGGCAGGAUGCAAAGUUGAAUGGGCAGUGUGCCUGAUCUCAGGGCUCUCAGAGAUAGGUGGAAAUAGUAUCAGAAAACAGGCCCUAAUACAAAUAAUAAUUGAGAUUCGAAGCGAGUGCUGUGGAAACGGACAACUGGAUUCGUUACUACUUGGAAUGGGAGGAGGCGUGGCUUUCCAGCAGAGAUGGCAUUUAAGCCAGCGUGAGAAUGGCUAGUGUGGAGCAUGGCUGAUGGGAGAUGGGAGGUGACAGAACUGCACGGUGUGAUACGGGAAUACCUGGGAGUGGGUAAAUGGGCUGUGAUGGUGGGAAAGGGCUUGGAGGGUGGGAGAGGUUGGGAAUUCUCUCAGGGGAGGGUCCAGGUCACUGUCUACUGAUGAGGACAUUUCAUAACUACUAAGGGGUCUUUUCAAAGAGCCAAGAAUGAGCACUGGGCAUAUUAACUUGCUAUGAAAUGUGCCUCCUAAUUGACCAACCCCCCAUGCUGUUCACAUAUUUGUGAGAGAAAUAUGAUUUUACAAAUUCACCAUGGAUUGGGACAAGGAGGGUGGAGGCAAGGUUUUCCCAUGUUCACCUGCAGGCAGAGUGGACUGGACGGUGGAAGGGCUUGCACACAGUGCUCCCUAACGGCAGUGGGUGUGCUCUGAAAUGCCGUGUCGGGGCGCAUUUGAAAAGUACACAUCACUCUUUCGUUGUUGGGGUCUGGGCUGCUGUCAUUUGUGUCAGGAGGGCUCAGCGAGAGACUACUGAACCUGGAAUCGCCCUGAAGAACCAUUUGCCAGUCCCUGCCCUGUCUUCUGCCCCUGGGCGUGGGCCAUUAUGGUGUUGAUGUUGGGAAGUUUCCAGAGUAAUUUGUGGGAUUCUUGGUCACCCAGAAGAAAAACGUAGUAAUGGAAUGAGCAUAGAACUUCGGGUCAGAGACCUCCUCAGUGGCCCUGCAUUGCCACUCAGGAGCCACGUGAUCUUGGACAAUUCUUUAUCUUCCCUCAGCCUCAGGCUUCAGUGUCUUCACAUGGAAAAUGUGGCCGGGGAGCCAGCUGGUCUUGAAGAGCCUUCCAAGUGUAUGAGGCUCUGGACCGAGUCUCACUGCCCGGUUUGCCGAAGGGUUAUUCCAUCAGUAAGUCAGGAACCUGCUGGCUGGUGGGGUGGGGAGAUGGAGAAGGGUUAAAAGAAUUUCUCAGGGGCUUAUGUGCACACUUCUUUUCAGCUUCUCAUAAGCAUAGCUGUUAUUUCGGUUCUGAGGGGCUGACUCUAAAGAGAAUAGGCGCUCUACUUGAUCACAAGAAAACAGCAAAGGGAGUCCCAGAGGCCAACACAGUCAUUUGCUGGGUUCUAAUUGCCGGCGUUCUUUCUGCUGAGAACAAAGCUUUAAGGGAUGUGGACUUAGAGCCAAACACAGGCACGAGGCAUUAUUAGUCCACAGAAGGAAAACAGUGUGGCAACCAAGAAGUCCUUUGGGGGUGACAAAGCCUGCUUUUUGGAGAGGGGCACCAAGACCCUCAAAAUUAACCACUCCAUUUAUAGCAACAGCAGCAAUACCAAGAUAACUCUGCACACUCCCAGCCCCCGCCAGCCCAACGGGGAAAUUAGCAAAAGUCAGACUCCUGAAACCGGACCACGUCACCAAAGUGCUCAAGACCCUUGAGUCGCUGCAAGGGGGAAGAAUGGCUGUCUGGGUAUCACAUCUGAACCCUUUUCCCCAGAACACCUGUACCAAGCUGUGACUUCUCUGGGGAAGGAAGUGUGAUUUCAUCCUGUUUCCCAGGGAAGAUUUGCCCCGAGAGGAUUCCAUUGCGAGCAGAAAAGAGAAGGAUGCGUUGUUCAGUGGUCACCAUCAGAAGUAGGGAUUAUGCAAAAUGGACUCUUGACCUCGCCAUUCCAAAUGAGUGGGAGACUCCACUGUUUCCGUAAAGCUUGUAUUGAGCUAAAUGGUGUGACAUGCAUGUGGCACCCUUUGUCCAAGUGAAUCCGAAAGUGUAAGCACCUCUGUGGAAGACUAGAUACUUUUUUGACAGAGAUGUCAAAUUCUGUUAACUGGUACAUUCAAUUCUCAUUAUUUGAAGAUUGUGUGUUUGCCAAUUUGCCCACUCGCAAAAAUUUAUUGGUAACCCCCAAAUCAACACGCAUAGUCUUUUCAAGGUCAUUGACUGAUAAGAGUGGCAAAAAUUUGAGUCUUCUGACAAGUCCGUUCCCAGCCUAGGUUGAACAAGGAAACACUCUACCUUCUUGUUUCAGCUGUCAUAUUGCAAAUGUGCCUUUUUUGUGGUGUAUUUCGUGUCAUGUUUUUGCAUUUGUGUGCUUUUUGUUGGUUAUUUUGCUGUUUAAAACAGCCCCCAAGUGUCGUGCUGCAGUGCUGUGCAGUGUCCCUAAGCAUGAGAAGGCAGUGAUGUGCCUUAUGGAGAAAGUAACUGUGUUACAUGAGCUUUGUUCACAUGUGAGUUAUAGUGCUCUUGGCCUUCUUCAACGUUAAUGACUCAACAAUAUACAUUAAAUAAGGUGUCUUUACAAAGAAACACACAUAAGGCAAGAUUGGAUAUUGAUGGGUUGACAUAAAUGUUAUGAUCAGAAGCUUGCAGGAACCUAACCCUGCAUUUCCUCUAGGAGCAAUGGUGUUCUCUAAUUCAGUGUUCCCGGCAACUUUAUAGGACAUACCUAUCGCUAGAAUCAACUGUGUUUGACUCUGGGGUUUGUGCUUUGUUUUCCUGCUAAGGACCUCUUUGACAUCUUUCUCUAAUUCUCUGACUUUUAUCUGCAAUAAAGGAGAUUUUUAUUCCCA